ACACAGUUCACUUUCGGCGUAUUUGGAGUCCGUUAGAUAAGUACUUCGGCAGCGAAGUACUGAUACAUUGAGAUUGAUAAACGGUGAAAUAUCUUAGACCCAUAAUAAUCAUUUUCGCAGGCCGCCAUGUCCACCUGGAAUUUACCCUACAGCGGUCUAGUUGUGAAUAACCUCUACGGUCAGACUCGAUGGACGAAUCUGCGUUAUUUGCCCCCACUACACGAAAUGCCACACCAAUGGCAGCCUAGGUUGAGCAGAGUUGAUCCAUUUCACUGGUCUGGAGCCGAAAUAUUAAAGGGUGGAUGGAUCAAGUGGAACUCCGCAAGUCAUCCGGACAUCAUAGCGGAUUCCGCUGCGGCGGUUGAACCAGACUGGUAUACCAGACGCCUGAAGCAGAUUCGGCAGGAUGAUAAAAAGUUUUGCGAGCAGUGGGCUUAUGACAGGUGGGACAAACCUACCAGCUGCGUUACCAUGGGAAUGGACAACCCUUUAAAUAAGCUAGAUUACCAAAGGCGGCCGCAUCGCGGAUUGAGUAGAAAUACCGUAAAGCCGGCUUCCAUACCACAUGGAGUCAAACAUAUUCAUUUUGGAAUCGGAAGCGGAUAUACUUACGAAGAACCCAUCAGGGCCAAGACGUACCCUCCGUUAAACGAUCCAAAGCAUGUGUGAGGCAAAUUGUUACCAAAGAAAUACUUCAAUGCUUGUACCAGUUCUGUACCGACAGCCUGCUGCCCAAAUUGGGCUAAGACCAUCAUUCUGCUGAACCACAAAUAAGCUAGCUGCUUUCGAACAUUUCUCCUGACCUCUACACGCCUGCCAAUCGCUUGCCAUAUAAUGCAAUUUCCCGCCUAAGUGCUUCCGUUAUACAAGUCUCCUAAUACUUCGUUUUCAUAUGGUAACUCAAGUGCAUUUCAGUCAUGAUAAAACCUGCAA